CUCAAGGACAAAUAUAAUUCUCUCAUAUAAUGCUGCAAUAAAUUAAAUAUUUUAACAUAAAUACUGUAGUAAAGUAACAGGUCUUUAAAUACCAAGAAUAUCAAGAAAGUUGUUGUUUCAUAACAACAAUGAAUAGCAAAUAUUUAAUGGCAAAUGGACUCUUCUUUGGACACAAAUAUUAUAUUACAUCAUCUGUAUCGUAAGCAGUGAUCCACUGAGUCUUAAAAUUCACUCAUUAAGCCCCGUAAUGAGAAUAGGCAUCACAACACAAUCACAUAUUUGCAAUUUUCAGUCAAAAUUGAAACUGUUUAAAUGUUCUUGGAAUUCCCCUAAAUUUCCUGCGUAUUUAAUGAAAUUUAAUACCUUACACAAGGCUGGAGGCUGCAUAAUUUUCUUUCAAUUGCUGCUUGAAUUGGAAAUUAGAACACAUUUCAGUUUUAAUGAGACUGUUGUCAAGAUAGUAUAUACAAAUCAAACCAUUAGAUUGUAUAACCAGUAAAAUGAUAUUCACACCCAAAGAUUAAUUUUUUUGAAAUUUUUGAAACAAUAAAAUCAUUAUUUGUGUGGCAAGGAAAGAUAAUUGAUGAUUUACAUAAACAUAGUGGAUAAAAUCUUUAAAACAUAAUUCGUUUUCUGGUUUAGGAAAUAACCAUCUAUUAUUUUGAACCCAUUACACAAAACAGUGAAUUCUUAUUAGUAUUAUCCUUCAUCAGCAUAUGUGAAAACAGUGAAAGAAGAAUACAUAUACUAGGUCAGUAAUAUGUAAAAUUAUAACAUGAAGUAUCCAAUUAUUUUAUAGCUAUUAUGUGAGUUAGGAUUCAUACAUACACAUAUUCAAAUCUUUAACUUAGCAAGACUGCAAAAUAGUAAAAUUCAAUUAUUUUACGAAAAAUGUAGAGACGUUUUUAUACACUAGUAGCCUAUUGACAAUUUAAACAAGUUUUAAAACCCAUGAAAUGUAAACAUGAGGUUCAGGGCUUAUAUUCAGUGUGUUAUUGUUACAAAAGUUAAUCCAUCUUCACUAAAAUAACCAAGUCCCUCACUGAGACACCCUUUUGUUGUAGUAAAUGUAAUAUCUUUUUCCAUAAGAUUUCUAUUGAAACUAAUUAAAUAGAAUUGUUAAUGAAUGUGUCACUUUUAAAUUUUGAUUUUUCUAACUAAAUUAUUUUUAUAUUUAUUUAUGAGAUAAUUGAAGUCUGUUGACACUAUAUCAGACACCAACCUCUAUCAUUUCAGAACAAAAUUUUUGGCAAGUAAAAGCAUAUUUAGACAAUAUGCUUAUAAACAAAACAUUUCAUGUUUCCUUUUUGAGAGCUAAUAUACUGAAAUGGGUAUCAGCUUAACUUUUGCCUCCAUAUCACACUUGUUCUCAAUGUCUUCGUUAGGUUUCUCCUAUUCUCCUUUUCACCUUCGUCAUGAAGCUGUCACACUAACUGUUUUAUGCAUGAUUAACAUGACCUUAAGUCCCAUGGCUGACUGUUUAGAAAUUUCUGAAAACUAUGUAAAUAUUUAUUUCCAAUACAUUUAGCUUUAAAUUAACUAAUUAGAUUUUAAUUUUUUUAAAUAAAGUUAAUGAUAAAUUUCAAAGAUGUCCAAGAAAUGUUUUACUGUAGGUUACAUUAAUUUGCAAGUAAGACACUAAAUGAAGAUCAAUAAAUAUAUAAAUAAAUAAUAUUAUAUAAAUCUCUCUUACUAGCCCUGCAACUAAAGUGUUAUCAAUAUUACAGAAUUCAAUGAAUUGUUAAAUAGGUACUAAAAAACUGGUAAACAAUUAUUUACUUGGGAAAAAAAAAAGUAGGUCCUCAAUAAAAACUUUUGGACUAUUCCUUUUUUCAUAAAUUAUUUUUCAAUAAUCUUCCAUCUUUAAAUAUUGUUUAAAUUAAAAAAAAUAAGUUAAUGGUGACCCAGGUAAGACAGCUUGGUUAUGCCUCAGAAUCGCAUCCUCUUCUUAUUGAAAACCCCUUUUCACACCACAUUUACAUGGAGUGCCACAGAACAUUUAAAUAGAGCAAUUUUAAAAAAGUAAAGAAAUUUCAUGGUUUUAAUGCUAAAAAUUACAGCACCAACAUGGCUGUUAGGUACUUUAUAUUAAAAAUAUUAACAAAUAAUAUAAAUUUCUAUGUAGAGCAGGUGAAUACAAACAAUCAACUGAGCAAAUAUUACUCAAUACAAAAAUUCUGUUUUAAUAAUGUUUAGUAUUUCUGAAGAAACAGUCUGAAUUUUAACUCGCCAAUAUUUAAAAUAUUAAAUAUAUAUUUUUCAUAUGUAUAAUUUGAAUUGUUAAUAAUGUUAAAACUCCUAAAACAUAAUUUAAAGCUGACUUAAUUAAUCAAAUUCUUUCCAUUUCAUAAAUUUUCAGAGGAGACCACAGACCUCUUGCAAUUACUAUUCAUCUAACAGAAUGUUUUCCUACUAAUUAUGAUUUUUUAUUUUACCUUAAUAAUAUUGAUCUUCUAUAGUCACCCACAUUUUUAAUUUCACUCAUAUUUUAUUUCUUCUAGUUAACUGAUUAUUUAAUUUUUACUUUCAUUUCACUAACAACUCUCAUCGAGAGUUUCUUCUUUAAGGCAAUUUCCAAAAGGUUUUAUUUAUUUAAACAUUUUAAACAAUUGGGAGAAAUAACUUCCGAAUAUAUUUUACUUUUAUUUAUUAAAAUUUUGGUAUUUUCCUUAUUUUCCACAAACUGUGCAAAAUAUAAAUAAACUUGAGUAUUAAAAAUAAAAUAUCAACCAUUGAUAUUUUAUUUCAUUUCACCAAGUUUAUCAUAUUUAGUCUACCAAAUACGACACAAAAAUAAAUAUGAUUAUACCAACUGAUAUCUCACAUUUUCAUAAUUAUUAUUAAUAUUAAUAAUAAUAAUAAUAAUAAUCAAAUAAUUCUGUGUUCUACAAAUAGUAUAAAGGUGUUCACACAAAAUUUAUUUACAAUGGUGCACAAACAAUUUUUUCAUAUAAAUUUCAGCAUAUAUGCACACGCAAAAUCACAUCACAUACUCUUAGCAUUAGCCAAAUCAAUUCCAUCAAUGAAAAAUAUUUAGGUAAUCCACUAUAUUAAUAUUUCAAAUUAAAGGUUUCCAAUUUGAGAGCUGUACCAAAGAAGAAAAAAAAUACAUUUUGUAGGCCUAUGUUCAUAAAUAAUUCUGGAAACUAGUUCAAUAGUAUUUAUGACAAAAUGCAAUUUUAUUUUCAAAAAAUGAACCCAAGUUCCAUUACAGCUAGACAUUAGUCUUGUUAAUAUUGUCCUUGCAACUAAACAAUCGCAAAAAUUACAUGUUCCAAAUACACCGGUUGAAAUAAUGGCUAUGUAACAUCAAUAGUGCACAUCAAAAGUGACUUUGCAGUCUAUUACCAAUGGAGUAUUCUAAAAAAUUCAUCACCCUUUACAUACAUUCCAAAGCGAAGUUCAGAAGGUCAAAACUCAUUUCAUAUUAAUUUGAUGUGUUUUGUUAAUAGUAAAUUGAACCCAAAAAUGAUUCAAGACUUGAAAAUAUGAACUGUGGGUAACUUUAAACACGUGUCCCAAUAAAUGUUCACUGAUGUUCCAUUAAUUUUUGUUGUGUAGGACUGCAUACAAUGAUGCAAAUGCUGAAUAUAGGUAACAUGACUGGGAAGGGGAAAAAAAAUAAAUAAAAAUGAACAAAAGUAUAGUGUUCAGAAUACCGUGUUGAGCAUAAACUUGUUAAAUGUUCCAACUUUCAAGAAUAUAAUCCAUAUUCUACAGCUUAAGUUAUUGAUUACUUGUAAUUACAACCAUUGCAUUUAAUUCAGUCUCAAAUCAAAGAAAAUGUAUAUAGACUAUUUUUCAAUAAAAUCUUUCUGCGAAGGGGAUUUGAAGUCCUGACAUCAAUUAAUUACACUUUAUAGAAACCAAAAUAAAUGCUUGUAAACAUAAAAAAAUUCAAAAGAGAACAUUAAUCUAUUAAUAUAACUUAUCAUAGUAAAAGUAUAAUACAAUAUAUUAUAAUUAUCCACUCUGAUGUUCUAAUUCGUACACUAAUCUACAAUAAUAUCAUACAUCUCAAAAUUGGAUCUUUCAUUUUUGUAAAUAGAUGCACUAUCCUUAUCAAGAAAGACUUUUUACACUCUUUUACCAUAAAAUAGUUCUUAAUACACAUAAAUGGAGGAUUUAAAUUUUUUAAAGAUCCUUGUUUAAAUUUUCAGGUAGUUCAUGAAUUGUCAGAGACAUAAUACAACAUUUUGAUUUUUGAAAGACUCUCAAAUUGUACAAAAUUCAAUGAUUUAAAGUUAAUUUUAAAAAAAUACUGGGAGUACAUAGAUGUUCAAACAGCCUAGAAACGUACUAAAAAGUUCAAUAACUUAAAAGAAUAUUUAGAAUACAGAUUUAAAAGUUACAAAUCUAUAACACAAUAUAACAGAAAAAUUAACAAUCCUAAUGUUUAACAACAAGUAGACUUUGCUGGUUCAGCUUCAACUAAAUUGAAGUCAUAACCACUUGGGCGCUGAAAUCCUGUUUUGAUUCCAUCCCAACCAUCUUCAACCUUGUAUUCACCGGACUGUAUUCUAUUGUAAACUUCUUGGGUUACAAUACGAAAAGCUUCCUCCACAUUUACUCCAGUUCGUGCAGAUGUUUCCACAUGAUGCAAGCCAUGUUGAUAUGCAAAUGCUGCAGCUUCUUCCCUGGGAACUUCCCUAUGACCACCUGAUGAAACAAGGUCCAGUUUACACCCCACCAGAGCAAAAACUGGGCGAUGAGGUUCAAUAUGACGUCUUGCUUCCAUCAUCCAUAAGGGUAUAUGUUCAAAACUUGAUCUAUUACAUAUAUCAUACACAAGUAGAGCACCAACGGAAUUUCUGUAAUAGGAUUUUGUUAUGGACCGAAAUCGUUCUUGACCUGCUGUAUCCCAAAGCUGCAAUUUAAUGCGAGUUCCAUCUUUUACUUCAAUCAAACGUGCAAAAAAGUCAACACCAACUGUGGGGUCUGAAAGCUCAGCGAACUUUCCAUCGGUGAAAUAUUUCAACAGAGAACUUUUCCCAACAGUGCUGUCGCCGAUUAAAAUUAAUCGAAAUUGAUAGUCAAAAAUUGGCUCUACCAUUUUAGAAUAUAUCUUCACCAAAAGAGCGAACGUUACUCAAAAAUGAACAUUUUACGCAUUUCCUUCCUAACGCUAAGAUGCACAACCUCAGUCCAUAACCUUGACAUCAGCUGACUAUGACACAUUAAACAGCAUCCGGUCUAGAGAUACUUCUAAUCAUGGAACAAAGUAGAGGGACAUUUGAUUGUCUGUCCUGACUCUAUGCAAAGUGAAAAAUAUUUCACCCUCAAUUUCAGCUUUGGUAACACCUCAAUGGACAAUAUGAACACCCCACCCCAAUCGACCCAAACGCACAACCACCCCAACAACUCACCCCAUGGAAAGGCAACCCUGUUAUAGUGAAAGAUUGUCUGAGUAUAGAGCCCGAUGAUAAUAUUGAUAGGUUUAAUACACUGUGGGAUUUACUUCAUUGCAGAAGAUGUUUACUAAUCAUAUUAGAUUAGAGUCGUUUUUAAAAUGAAUAUUUGUUAAUUUCUUUAAAGGUCUGUUUUCCGAAUAAUUUUCAUCAAUGCUGAAUUCAAAUAUCAAAAAAGUGGUGCAACAUGUACGAAUGAUACGACGAAAUUGAAAUUCGCACAAUUACUCAACUGAUAGUUACAUUCAUUAUUAUAAAUCAAUUAAACUCCACAUCGUUAUUUUUGGAACACGAGUACCACCAGGGCAAUUGUGAGAAGUAUUUUGUCAAAGUGAAAUUGUGCUGUCAUGUUCAGUGGUCAGGUGUUUCUGGAAGGAAUGUUUAAUUUAAUAGAAGAUUAUGAUACUUUUUUCAACAAGAAUGAUGGCUAAUUGAGACAUUGACCACAACUAUUUACUAACAUCCACGGGAUUUUAAUUAGCAUUGCAGAAAUGGCAACAAACCGCCCGGGUUGUAGUCGCGAGCGAGACCCUUUUAAAAGACCAAAUCGAGACGGAGGAAAAAAGUAUGGACUUCUGGAGAAAACGGACAAAUAUUUAUCAGAACUUGAAAAGUGACGUUUAUCGUUAGUCGAGUUGCCUUUAGGGAUUGGCAUUUCAGAACAUCGUAAACUUUCUCUUGUAGAAAGUUCAACAGCACCUCCAAGUCGUAGUGACUCCAGUAUGGAAAUAGAUACUUCUAGCGUAUCUUGUGAUUGGAUCAGCGUUCCUCAAUGUGAUCCUCCUUGUUCAGGAUCAUACCAGCCCCUUCCUCCUGAAAAUAUAGAUAAUAAUAUUCAUGAGGAAGUUGGAUUAAUGAAUUUUUUAAUUUUUGCUAGGCCAGUUUGGAGGGCAAUUAUUUUGGGACAAGUGAUGUCGUUCUUAAUAUGUUCUAUGGCUCUUUGCAGUUAUUACAUAAAUUCUGUCUACCAAGUUGCAAUGCCUACAGGUCAAAGUUUUAUACAUUAUGGUAUGUUAUGCCUUGUUUAUACAACAUGGUUAGCAUGCAGAACAGGUGAACGUGGUCUCCUUUCUGUUAUUCGAAAUAGAGGUUGGCGAUAUGUUCUGAUUGCUGUGGCUGAUGUGGAGGCUAAUACUCUAGUAACAACAGCGUAUCAGUUCACUACGCUCACCAGUAUUCAGGUUCAAGAAUCAGAAAAGAGAAAACUGAGCAUAAAUUUAUAUUAUUAUUACAACAAAAGUGGGGAUGAUGCUAUUGAUCUAAUGGUCCAAUUAUAUUCAACAAAAAGAGGUACAAGAAGAUGGCCUCUCUCACUUUUUUACACUCUUGGAUAUCUUGGAUAUUGCAGCACUGAGCAGCUACAUGCUCUUUCUUCUACCAAGGUACGAUAUAAAAUGGUGCACAUAAUUGGAAUUGGUGUUUGUCUAAUGGGGGUUGGAUGCCUCGUUUGGGCAGAUAUUGAAGAUGGGCGUCCUAUUAUUGGAGGUAAAACUCGACUCUUGGGCGAUAUGCUCUGCCUAGUGGGUGCAUUACUAUUUGCAAUGAUUGCAGUAGCUCAAGAAUUUGUGGCAAAAACUUUUGAUGGAAUUGAGUAUUUGGGUAUGCUCGGGCUGUUCGGUAGUAUUCUCAAUGGACUUCAACUGGCAUUUCUAGAAAAAAGUGUAAUUUAUGAAAUGAAAUGGGAUACCUUUCCUGUGUUGUGGUUGUUUUGCGGCUUUGGAGUUGCUCAGUUUGUCUUCCAUAGCAUUGCACCAGUAGUAUUACGUGACAGUGGUGCUACUGCUUUACAACUCUCUCUUCUGACAUCUGACUUUUAUUGUGUAUUGGGUGGUAUUCUGCUCCUGCAUUAUAAGGUUCAUGUGUUAUAUUUUGUAUCUUUCUCUUUAACUAUGGUGGGUGUACUGAUUUAUGCUAUAAAACGCACUCCUAUCACUACACAGCAACCUGCGAGUUACAGAAUCAUGUCGAGAAACCACACUACUUCAUUCGACGUAGAGCUAGCACCAGCCAUGACCUUGAGCAGUGGUUGUGCUUCAGUGUCACCAAGUCAUGGUACUCUCAGUGGAAGCACUGACACUGUACUUUCUGCUUCAUGUAUUUCACAGAACUUGAGAUCAAGUGGAAACAAUUCAUACUAAGCAGGUAUAAAAAAAAAUUCAUGAAAAGAUGCUCAAUUGGGAACCUGACGUCUCCUGUGCUAUUUGACUUUGAAAUGGUUUAUGAUAUAUCUGAUAUGUAUAUUAUUUAUCUGAUUUUAAAACAAAAAAUAAAAUAUAUUAAGUAAAAUACAGUUUUUCUAAAAAGCAAAGAAAAUUUUAUUCUGUACUGGCUUAACUAAAUUUGAACCUAACCACUUCAACAAAUUUGAUAAAUAAAUAUGUUCUUUAAGAAGAUACUCUGUGCCAAAAAUACAAAAUUACGAAUCAGAAUUUCUUAAUUGUUAUAUGUACAUUGUAUCAGUUCUUUGUAUAGUGUAUCAAUCGUGAGGAAAUUGUAAGUGCAUGUUGUGUAUUGUAAAUAACCCAUUUAUUGAAAUGCAUUUAUUGAAAUGAAUUCUAAAGCAAUGUUUAAAUUACACACCAGAAUGUGAGACAAAACUAAUUUUAUUCUUUAUUCAUGGAUUUAAGAUAACAUUCCUUUAUUCAAUACUAAUAAUUUUGCCAGUGUUCACUUUAAAAGUUCAUUACAAAUUCAACUCAUAUUUUUCACAAAAUUUCUUAUCCAACUCUGUUUUAGUGUUCACCUAGGUAAGAUUCAUUGAAGGGAAACUAAUGAUAUUUUUAUGUUUGGUUAGUAAAACCUUGUAAAGUGGAGAGUAUUUCCUUCUAUGUGAUGUAAUGUACUUGAUAUCAGAAUAUAAUUUAUUCUGUUAUAAAUGCUUACUAUAUUUUUAUCUUAUUAUUAUUGUUUUGAACCAAAUUUAUCUCUGUAAGAAAAUUGUUGUCCAGUAAUUUUUAGUGAAGACAAUUACUGAGCAUCUCCAUUUAAAGGUCAAUGUGAACAAGUUUGUCAAAAACCCAUAUCAUUGUAUCGAAUCAAAAUCCUUGAAAGUAGUUCAAUUGUACAUUUAGACUAGUUGUAAGUGGUUAAGUGAAAUGACUUACUGUAAUUUGCUCUCUAAAUAAUUAUUACAAACAAUUUUGUUUUCAUCACCUUUAUUUAAUGACUUAUGUUAAUUUAUCUCUGAACAACUGCAGUUUUAAGUUUGACCAUCUUCCCAUUAAAGAUGACAUUACAGGCAAUGAAAAACUAAACAGUGAGGACAAAAGGUCAGACUUGCAGUUCUCCUUUGAGUGUUUCACCCCUCAACGUACAGCCUUGCUGAAAAUUUUGCAGAUGUACUAGAGUACUGAAAUUAAUGUAAUUAACUGUGUAUUAUGUGAAAAUAAAAAAUAAAAAAAUAAAAAAUUGAAAAACAAGAAUUCAUUGUAAGAAGUUGAUGUAAAUUGUACUCUUCAGAUAGGUUAAUGGUUAAAGUUUUUCAGGAACCUCUGAUGUUAAUUUAAGUCUAUUCAAGGACAUUAGUUGUAGGGAUUCAUUUAAAGAAUAAAUGUAAAAUCAAAAGUAAUGUUAAAUGUCACUAAAAAUUUAUAGUGAGCGUAAUUUUGUGUUGAAUGUAGGAAUAAAAAUGUUUUGCUGGAAGGAAGAUUAGCUGUUUGUAAUAAUUGUUCAAGGCAGAGACCUUUAUUUACAAAAAAUUUAUUUAGAUACGGACAUUCUAAGUCAAUCAGGUUAGUUUGAAUGUCAAUGUUAAAAAAUUAAUUACAUAUGAUGUACACAAUAUUCUACUUUGCUUGUCUGGAAUACAUUUGUACAAUAUUAUACAAAGUGUGUAAUAUUUCCUGUUUUCUCCCUCAAAAGUAAUUUUUCUUCUGGUAUUUGAGUUUUUUUAAAGGGAAAAAAAUUAUACUUAGUUUUUACUCAUAAUUGUCCAUAUUAUUUAAUUUGGAAGUAAAGAACUUUUGGGUGAUAAAACAAUUGUAACUUAAUGAAACAAUAAUAUUUGAAAAACAAUAUUCUGAAACACUUAAAGUGGUUGUAACUAAAUAAUUUAUAUAUUCCUUGAGAUUGAUACACUUUCUAUUGCAUUUUUUAAUGUAACAGCUACUUUAUAUGGAAAUCUUUUGUACAAUGGAGUUCAUUGGAAUAAUUAGGAGAAAUUGAAAUAUAAAAAUGAUUACCAAUUUCAAAAUAUUGAAAUAAUUUCUGUUGCUGCAUUUUGUAAUUUUAGUGUAAAAUCCUUGUUUGACAUGUGAGAGCAAUUUUUUUUAAAUCUUUCUUUUUUUCUAAUCUCUUUAAAAAUUUGUUAUGUACAUUGAAUCCAAAAGUUUUUAAGAUUACAUUUUUUAUUUAUUGCAUAAAAUGUUAAUUUAAAAAAAUUAUUAAUACAAUGAAUUGUUAUUUUGCUGUUUAUUUUAUAUCAUGUGGUGAAAGUAAAUUGGCAUCCUUGAGGAAAAGGCAAAAAUAAAAAAAAAUGUUUUUUUAAUAUAUUUUAUAAUUAAUUUAGAAUUCUUCUUUUGGGUUUCCCACUACACAAUGGUAUUACAUCAGUGAAUGUGAUGUAGUAUAUUCAAAUAGUUCAAGGCAAGAAAUAAAUGAAAAUGACAACACUUGUGGGGUCAUUCAUGGUAAUUCACGAAAAUUUCUAACAUGUCUCAUAAUUCCCAAUUUGUAUAUAUUCUGUGUGUUUUGGGGAAAGUCAUUAACGAAAAUUAUGAGACAAACAUUCACACAGACAAACUUGUAAUUAUGUAUGUAAUAUUUAUGUAUGUAAUUAUGUAUGUAAUAUUUAUGUAUGUAAUUAUGUAUGUAAUAUUUUCUUGCCUUGUAAAAUCAAUGUGUAAUUUGUUUGUAGCUUCAGUGAAAUAUUUCGUAAUGACAAGAAUGUGCCAUGUGAAUUCCAAAUUAUUAUUUAUCUCCUUUAUUGGAGUGACUGAAAAUUAAUUCAGAAUGUGUAGUAAAGCAUUGCAAAAAACAGUAGUAUGUAUUUAAUGUCUUUCAUAUAUUACAUACUUUGUAAACAAUUAUGUAAGUAGUUACCUACAUACAACUGUAAACUGUCAAGCAGACUUAAUUUACUUCGUUACUUACUAUGCAUAUUAUGAUUACAGUGUUCAAUAAAGACUGACUUUGAAUAUAACAGCAUCACAUGAAAUUAUUAACUCAGUGAUUGCAUAAUUAAAAGUACUAUGUAAUAACUGUUGAAGUGUUCCAAUAAAGAUUAGAGGUGCUUGAGAUCUCAGAACAAUAUUAUUCUCAUGUUAAUGGGCAAAAGUUAAUUUCAAAGUUAACCGUAGACAAUACUGUAUUUAAAGGCAUUUCUUACAAUACUCCAAAUAUUGAUUCCUAUGUUAAGGAUGUUCUAUUGAUAAGAGUAGAAUAAUUUGUAUUACUCAUUAUUGCUGCAGAAUCUAAUGUUGUUUGCUUGCUUGGAUAGAACGAAAUAUUUAAACGACUACCAAAUAAGCAUUUUCAGUUUUAAAGGCCUUUGAAAUCAUAACACCUUACACCUUCUGUUGUAAUUAAUUGCUGCAACUUAUCAAAAAUUAUGUUAUAAAAACACUGUGCCUUACAAGAUCAUAAAUUUGAUGUAUGGUAUGGAUCAAACAAAUUUUUGUUUCUUCUUUAAAUCUUGCUUAUCCUCUCUCUACUUGGAAAAUUGCAGCAUAAGACAUGUUGAUUUUGAGUAAAUACAGGCUGUUCAGGGAAGAAACUUCAAAAAUAAGCACUUAAAACAAUUUUAAGCAUAUUUUGUCUUAUAAACUUCAUGAGCUGUAUAAACGGUUGAGCCAAUUUAUAACAUUCGACUGCUUUUUUAUCUGUUUAUUAAUUUUUCUUUCUGGACAAAUAUAAUCAUUUAUUUUGUAACAAUAAACAAUUUACAUGUUUCUGCAAUGCAAAUUUUAGAAAGUAUUUUUUCAACCCAACUUUUGAGUGCAACUCAGCCAUUUGGAAUAUCCAAGGAGUUUAUUGGACGAAAUAUGCUUAAAAUUGUCUCAAGAGCUUAUUUUCAAAGUUUUGAUGUUUCCUCCCUGGACAUUUUGUAUGUAAUAUUAUCUAUUUAAAGGACACUUCAAAAUAUGUAUUUGAGCUAUGUGAAGUGUAGACAAUCAGUAUUUAAAGAGAAUAUUCUCAAGUGUACCUAUGGUAGCAACAGUAGUAAUUUUCCUGUACACUAAUUGAUGAUCAAAUAAUAUGAACAAAAUAGAGAAAACACUUAAUUUAGUGUGAAUUGGUGGUUGUAUAUUGUGACAAAUACCUAUAUUAAUUACUUAGUUUGACUUCCACUAUGAUUAUUUGAAAAUUUUAGGAGCGGAAUUUUUAGUUUUUCAGUAGUCCUAAUACAAAAUUAAGACUUAGUAGGCCAACAUCAUUCAGAAAGUAAAAUGUGUAGAAGAUGGUAAUGGAAAAUAUAUUAAAAAUUGAUUUUUCAUUAAAAAAAUUGUUAAAAUCAAUAAAGGAUUUUAAGAAUCUAAAGAAUAAAGUUUUUGUUUAUUGAUAAUUGAUUUUCAUUAGAAAUGUAUGAUUCAAUAGGAGAAAAAGUUUCAUUUUAUUGUACUGUUGUAUCCAGCAGCAUUCAACAGGUGUGUAAUUCUUUUGCAGAAAACCUGCAAAAGCUGAUUACACCUGCUGCAUAUUGUCUUCCCCAAACAUCCUAAUGGCAACAUAGGCAUUUCACUGAAAUAAAUGUUAAGGUUAAGCAUGCGGCUCUACAUUUCAUUUCUUGUAUUGUACUGCCGUAGUUGGAGGUUUAUGGUGAGAAAAAUAUUUGUGAAGGACAGCAUAUUUUAUGAUGGAACAUUUGACAGUAUUGGCUUUUAUAUUGGCAAUUUUGCUACUGACAGGAAUCAUUAUCAUUCUCUAAUUGAAGCUCAAUACAUCAUAUCAUAUAUACUGUGCCAAAUAUCAUAUUGAUAAAAAGAUUUCAAUAGCAGUAAUUGUAUUUCAUUGAUUUUUAUGACAAUUUCUUGUAUAUACAUGUGUUUUUGUGUACUUUUGACAUUUCCUGAGGCAUAAGUGUGAUGUAAAUGUACUUUUACUUUUGGAUGGAUUGAAUCUAGUUUUGGCGUUAUCAUAACCUUAAUGAUAUUUCUGAUUGUAAUUACUUGAUGUCAUAUUGUGUCAAAUUUUCUUCUUAUAUGUGGUUUGAAAAAUGCAUGUGUCUUGAACAGAGUUAUUUUGUAGUAAUUGCCAGUUAUGUAAACUUCUCUCCAAUUAAAAUAAGUAUGGGAUUGACACUUGCACAAAACCAUUUUUGCAACAAACAAAUAAUUGAACUCUUGUUUAAGUGGGCACUUUUGUUUUUCAUGGAAACACCUUUGUGUCUUACUAAUGUCAAUUACAUACUUAUUAUAAUCGGACAAUAAUGUCACAUAUGUGGGUAGUAUGAUAUUUAUUUGUAAAUUAUGUAAUUUUUAGAGUAAUAAAGAUGAGAGUAAAAAAUUAA